AUAGAAUAUAAAUAAUGAUUUUUCAUAGAAGCCACCUUAGAAAUCCGCCCACCGUUUGAGACUGAAGACUCUGCCCCAUAUAAAAUCCCCUCUUCUCAGUUGCGUAGCCAAUCGUCUCUCACCACUCUUCUCAAAAAAUCUCUUUCCGUUGCCGAACUCCUAGAGUGAAGUGAAGAUGGAAGCAGCUGCAGUAGCAGUUGUUCGAUCUCCGAUUGGGACUUACAAACCUUCGAGUUCCGUUGGGGGAUCAUUGUUCCUUGCCGCUAAUGCUCCUGAUUUCGUUCGUUUUCCUACCAAAUAUCACCUCUCAAUUAAUAAGCAUUGUUCUUCAGUUUCAUAUGGAAAAUCAGGGCAUAGAAGACUGGGUUUUGGAAGGAGGAGAUAUGCAGUAGUGAGAGCAUCAUCAUCGUCAUCGGCUUCAGACUCUUCUGGCUCAUUAGCUCCGAUAGCACCACUUCAGUUGGAGUCUCCCAUAGGGCAGUUCCUGUCUCAAAUCUUGAUGAGUCAUCCACAUCUUGUACCUGCAGCAGUUGAGCAACAGCUUGAACAACUUCAAACUGACCGUGAUGCAGAUAAAGAGAAGGAAGAGCCUUCUGUUACUGGCACUGACUUAGUAUUGUAUAGGAGAAUAGCUGAGGUUAAGGCUAAUGAGAGGAGAAGAGCUCUAGAAGAGAUUUUGUACGCAUUGGUUGUGCAGAAAUUUAUGGAUGCUAAUGUUUCUCUGAUACCCACAAUGGCUCCUUCUUCUGCUGACCCAUCUGAUCAAGUGGACAAAUGGCCAAGUCAAGAUGAGAAGCUUGAGCAACUUCACUCUCCUGAAGCAUAUGAGAUGAUUCAGAACCACCUAGCUCUCAUUUUGGGAAACAAGAUAGCAGAUUCAACUACAGUAGCACAGAUAAGCAAACUAAGAGUUGGACAGGUUUAUGCGGCAUCUGUGAUGUAUGGAUAUUUCCUCAAGCGUGUUGAUCAGAGGUUUCAGCUUGAGAAGACGAUGAAGAUCCUUCCUAAUAUAGUGGAUGAGGGAGAUAUUAAUGUUCAACAAGCCGCAAGGCAGGAUAUGAAUUCUAGUGGUGAAAAAGAUGCCUUUCAAUCUGUGUCCCACCCAGAAGCCUGGUCUGGUGGUAUCGGUCCAGGGGGAUUUGGCCAUGGCAUGAAGUCCUGUAAACUUCGGAGUUAUGUGAUGUCCUUUGAUGGAGAGACACUUCAAAGAUAUGCAACAAUAAGAUCCAAAGAGGCAGUUAGCAUCAUUGAGAAGCACACAGAGGCUUUGUUUGGAAGACCAGAAAUUGUGAUCACUCCUCAAGGGACUGUUGAUUCUUCCAAGGAUGAACUUAUCAAGAUCAGCUUUGGUGGCCUGAAGAGACUUGUUUUGGAGGCUGUGACUUUUGGUUCUUUCCUCUGGGAUGUUGAGAGUUAUGUAGAUUCGAGGUACCAUUUUGUUAUGAACUGAAUUGUGCAUGCCUGGAAUCCUGAUAAAGCAUAGUUGUGGAAGAUAAAUACAACUAACCGAAUUUAAAUAUCUUAAGUAGUAGUGUAUUGAUAUUUCUGUACAUAGUUUUGAUACUGAAAAUUUCUUGCUUUAAUUUGCAUGGUGACAUGAAGCUAUUUGAAAUUCAUUUUACUACUGGAAUCUUCUCUUUCGUAA